AUGCCUGGAGGAACUUUAAAGCGGAGCGAAGUUCCGGAAGGUUCCUUUGCCUGGAGGAACUUGUUCCGGAAGGUCGGAGAGGCCUCGUGCCCGAGAAACGUUGACGAGAAGCUGCGCUGUGAAGCGGCGACAUAUAUCUGGCUGCAGCAAAACUGCCCCGACGUGCCCAUUCCACGCCUCUUUGGCUUCGGGCUUCCCGGGAGCAACUCGUUUACCACAGUGGAGCGUGAGCCGUAUCAUAAGCACGUCAUCUGGUACAUCCGUCGUGCCGUGAUGCGGUUGUUUGGCAGUCCCCUAACUCCGUACGUCCCGUAUAGCCGCUGCCAUCUGAUUGAUGAUGGCUAUCUUGUGCUGGAGCAUGUCGAUAAUGGCAACAUGUUGUCCGAAUCUUGGGAGACCGGCCGCCACGACGUGAAACGACGCGCCAACCUCUUUGGGCAUUUAUCCCGCAUCAUGCUCAGCCUUGCCAAACUUCCCCUGCCCGGAUUGGCUCGUGGACAAUAG